UGGGGAUAAAUAAGGCUAAAGGAUGGAAAUCUCAGAUGCAUGUGAUCCAUACAGGCGUCCAGCGCGCAGGACACAAUGGAUAGUGAGCACGCUGGCUUACCACUAUGGGCUGGAUCGUGGAGUGGAGAACGAGAUCAUUGUGCUAGCUACGGGUUUGGACCAGUAUCUGCAGGAGAUUUUCCACCAUUUGGACUGCCAGGGAGAUGGUAAGAUCCCAGCUGAAGAUUUUAGGAUUCUGUGCGAGGUUUUGGGUCUCGAAGCCGAGGCUGAGCCAGAAGAAUGCUCAGGUAUCCUGGACUCUCUGCCCGUGGAGUUCACUUUCCGCCAGUUUCAUGCUAAACUCUGCGGCUACUUUAGCACCAAGGCUGGGCGAUGCUACGAGGAUGGACGGCUGUUGGUUGGAGGGGACAGCGAGCACAUCGAAACUCAGAUCCGCCUCAGGAGCCCCCUCAGGCGGCGCGGGAAGCUGCUAACCGCCGCGAGUUCCACAGCGAAUCCUGGAGCUUCGUCAUGCAAGCCUGGCUCAUGUACACGGGAGUGCUACGAGGAGAUAGUGGCUCUGGAGGAGGCGGAGGACAGGAUGGCCAAACUGGAGGAGGAAAAUGCCAGUUUGAGGGAACUAGUGGAGGACAUGAGGGCUGCGUUACAAAGCAGCGAUGCCAGGGCACUAGCAUUGCAGGUUGGACUCUGGAAAAGCCAUGCAAAACACAGGCCGGACAGUGGCUGCUUUAUUGCCCACCAUAAGAGAGCAGCUCAGAAGUCCAAGUGCCAGGGAAACCUGAAGAGUUUCCAGGGUUUCCUGCGUGAGAUGGAGCUGGCUCAGGUCGGGCAGAUGGAGGAGGCCCUCCUGCUGAAGCAGAAGAAGUUGGAGCAGGAGUUGAGGGGGUCCCGGGAAGCCACGUUGAUGCUUGAGGAGUGUAACCAUACCCUAAAGAAGGAGCACAUGGAGAUGAGGAAGAAGGUAGAGGAGGCCAGGCAGGCUCUGUUCAGUGGCCUGGCGAAGGUGAAGGAGCUAGAGGCCAAAGCCAGUCAGAUACCCACCCUACAGAGACACAUACAACAGCUGGAGAUGGAGCUUCUGUAUUACAGGUCAGAGGUGUCCAAAGUGUCUGUAGUGUUCAGCAGUGUGGAGGAGAUGCGGUACGGCCGGCAAAAUCGACGUUGCUGUCUGGAUUCCCAGCGAGACCGGGAUUCCCCAACCGGACGGGCGGAAAACACUCACGAUAAUGUGGAGGAGCAGUUGUUCCGCUCUGUGGAGGGUCAAGCAGCUUCAGAUGAAGAGGAGGAGCGCUGGACGGGAGAGCAGCAGAGGCAGGUGGACGAGGUGAAGAGGAUCCUGACCAGACUCUCCUGCUGUGGAGACAGGUGUGAUGAGAGAGCUCUGAAGAGGCUGCUGUCCCAUUGUGGAGAGUCACGAGCAGAGGAGAGUUACACUGCUGUUCUGGAGCUGCUGGACAGAGUGACCCGCCUACACAAACAGCUGGAGCUCAGAGAGAGCCAGGCCAGAAGAGACCACCCAGAUCCUGAGCAGAUAAAGGACGCCCUGCUUCAGGAGCUCCAGCAGAAGGCUGAGGAGACAGAGCUGCUCCACAGGGAGCUGCAGAUGCUGGAGACAGAGCGUGUGCGGCUUUCUUUGGUGGAGGAGAAACUCAUGGACGUCCUGCAGCUCCUUCAGCAGCUCAGAGAACUGAAUGUCUCAAGAAGGUCGCUGGGAAAGAUUUUACUGAGUACGCUGGAAUCCUGCAGUGAUCCCCAACAUGGGAAGGCUCACAUUCUGGAGGUGCUGAAUGCUCUUUGUCAUGAACUGGCUGCGUGUGAAAUUCUCUCAGCAAGUGCCACGUUAGAGAAAGCCCAGAGUCACCAAUCCCUCACCAACUCACUCCUCAUCUCCUGUUGAGUAAUGCUGCCACCUGCUGGCUAAAUGGUGCCAAGGACUCUUUAGCAGUGAUGCAAACUUGCAUUAGGACCCUCUUGAGCCUUGUUGCUAACAACAAAUAAAAGUGAAUAGCUACCAUUUAGCACUAUGCAAAUCAUAUCAUGCUAACUGGUGGUCAAGUCCACAUUAGCUUAGCACUUCACUUCUGAGCGCUGACAAGUGCUCGAGUCGAGUCUUUAAUAACUUGUCUAUAUUUCUGUGUCAUGUUCGUCUAUGAAGAGAUUAGGUUCAUGAAGACAGGUUCAUGAAGCCAAGGCUGGGAAAAUGAUUGCUAUUGGACUUCGAGGAACCCUCCAGCUAUUUCCAACCUAAUCUCUGUCUGCUCUGCUGCAUCUGUAUUAAAGGGCCUAUAUCAUACAUUUUUCUUAUAUUUCACCUUUUUCCUUGAGGCCCACUUAAAAUGUUUGUGAGGUUUUAUAUACCAAAAACAGUUAUAAUUCAUUUUUACAUAACCAUUUU